UUCAUGCAUUUAAUUAGUAGCUUCGACAGAUGGUGAUUCAUGACCCAAAUUUUUAACGUUUCAAGAGGUCUUCCACAGGUAAUCCUUACUUCCUCAAUAGUAGAUAUUAAUUUAGCUUCUAUUUCAUUUUUCAUCUACUAUAAAAUGGCUUUCUCAGAAGUAUACUGUAUUCUUCAUCAGUACGUACCAUGUCUCCAAAAAAAUCCUCACCCCACUCCACUCUCUUAAAAAUGAAAAGAAUAUCGCAAAAACUGUUUCAUUAUAACCUAUUUAGACGCACUGCCAAAACUUCUAUUUUCUCCACCAUUUCAUUUGCUGCCAUAUUCUUUCUCCUAUAUUCAUCAGACACCAUAGUCUCGAUCUCUAACCUUCCCAUGCAUCCGGUUGACCUCAAAAGUCAUAAAAUUGUUGACCAUCGCCAGGAACCAACCUUGAUUACUACUACUAAUAUCCAAGAAGAGAUCAGCAUUGAUGAAGGUCCAGAUGAAGUUUACGACCCUCUAAUCCCUCCCGAUAAUGUAACAAAAGAAGAAAGACAAGUGUGGUUCAGGCGGAAGCUUCCAGAGCUGGAGAUACUCCGGUCCAAUAGCUUGACGCAGCAAUUCCACAGUCGAGUUCUCCAGUUUCUCAACAACGGAUGCAGCAUUCAAUUCUACAUGAUAUGGUUUUCACCAGCGAAGUCAUUCGGAAAAAGAGAAUUCUUCGCCAUGGACAGCCUCUUCAAAGCUCAUCCUCAAGGAUGUUUGAUGCUAUUAUCGAAAAGCAUGGAUUCGGGACGCGGAUACCGAAUCCUGAAACCAUUACUUGAUGGAGGAUUCAAAAUACUCGCGGUGACUCCAGACUUGCCAUUUCUAGUCAAAAACACUCCAGGUGAAAUUUGGCUUGGCGAAAUGAAGAGUGGGAGGAGAGACCCAGGUUACAUCCCAUUGUCCCAAAACCUAGCCAAUCUGAUCAGACUUGCCGUGCUUUACAAGUAUGGAGGUGUAUACUUAGACACAGACUUCAUAACUCUGAAGGAUUUCUCGGGGUUGAGGAAUGCAAUUGGAGCACAAAACGUAGAUUUAGAGUCCAAAAACUGGACCAUACUAAACAAUGCAGUCAUGAUCUUCGACAUAAACCAUCCGCUUCUACUAGACUUCAUGGGAGAAUUUGCUUCAACAUUUAAUGGAAACAAAUGGGGUCACAACGGACCUUACUUGGUCUCCAGGGUAACUGAGAAAAUGGGGCGCACACCGGGUUACAACCUUACAAUUUUGCCUCCCGAGGCGUUUUAUCCGGUGGAAUGGAAUAAAAUUCGGAGGAUUUUCCGGAAGCCUCAGAAGGAAUCGGAGUCGAGAUGGGUGGAAAGCAUGUUGAAUGAGUUGAAUGAAGGGGAGACUUAUGCUCUACACCUAUGGAACAAGAGAAGUAGAGAAUUGACCAUUGAAGAGGGAAGUGUCAUGGCUAGACUAAUAUCGGCGCAUUGUGUUAUUUGCCGGACAUAAAUAUUACUUCUUUAUAAGAUCAAGAGGGAGUCGGUGGUUGCGGUGCUAUUUUCCGGGAUUAUAAUGGUCAAUUUCUUAGUGUUUUUACCUCAAAAUCUUGAGAUUUCUAGUUCGGUUGCAGAGGAGAUAAUAGAUGUCAUUAAUGCUAUUGAGCUUGCUUGGGUUCGGGAUUGAAAACAUAUUUGGUUGGAGGUUGAUUCAUCUCUGGUACUUGAUUAUAUCCGUACACCGUCUCUUGUCCCUUGGUCUCUUCGAGUUCGUUGGUUAAAUUGCUUAUACCAAAUCUCUCAUAUAUAUGAACUUUAGAGCUUCUCAUAUUUUUCGAUAACGGAAUAAAAUAGUUUAUGCUUUGGCAAUCACGGUACGUCUUGUUCUAAUUUGGUGUGGUGGGAUGAAUUUUCACCAUUUAUAGUAUCAUAUCAUAUUGUAAUACAAACAUUAGAGAUCUGCCUCAAUUUCAUUUUAA